UAAAACUUUCAAGAACCUUUACCCAUCACAUCUCUUUUUCUUCAUCUUCUUUGCCCCCUUCUCCAAGCUCUCCCACUUACUAUAAAUAUCUCAAGUAGGUCUUUCAUAAGACAAAGAAAAGUUCUGUUUCUUUUUGCUGUAUGGCUGCUUCGUCUCUUCUUACUAUGGACAAUAGCAGAACCAGACAGAACAUGAAUGGUUCUGCUAAUUGGUCCGCAAGACCAUCAUCAUCGUCUCUUGAAGAUCUUGAGAUCCCACCAAAGUUCAGAUCUUUUGCUCCUUCUUCAAUCUCAAUCUCUCCUUCUCUAGUCUCUCCUUCCACUUGUUUCAGCCCCUCUGUUUUUCUUGAUUCCCCUGCUUUUGUUGCCUCCUCUGCUAACGUUCUUGCUUCUCCAACCACUGGAGCUCUUCUCACAUACGAAAGCAACCAGAAAAGUCUAAACGAGGAAGAGAAGACAAAGAAGAACAACAACAACAUUAACUUCUUUGACUUCUCAUUUCAGACACACUCAUUCGGAGUUUCUGCUCCGACAACAACAACAAUAACAAACAGUUCUGUCUUUCAAUCACAGGAACAACAGAGGAAGAACCAGACAGAUCAAUGGAGCCAGACCGAAACUCGUCCAAACAACAACACUCACUACAAUGGACGAGAGCAGAGGAAAGGAGAGGAUGGUUACAACUGGAGAAAGUACGGACAGAAACAAGUGAAAGGUAGCGAGAAUCCUCGGAGUUACUAUAAGUGUACUUUCCCAAACUGUCCAACUAAGAAGAAAGUGGAAACAUCUUUAGAAGGUCAGAUCACAGAGAUUGUUUACAAAGGAAGCCAUAACCAUCCUAAACCUCAGUCCACUAGAAGAUCAUCUUCUUCUUCUUCUUCUUCUUCCUCGGCGUUUCAUUCAGCUGUGUUUGAUCAUCAUGGUGAUCACUCUGAUUCCUUUGUGAUCCAACAAGAUAAUAAUACUACUUCUGUUUCUCUUGGAGACGAUGAGUUAUCGGUUCUCAGCAGAGGAGAGGAAGAAGAUUGUGGGAGUGAACCUGAAGCAAAGAGAUGGAAAGGAGAAAGCGAAACAAACGGUGGGAAUGGUAAUGGAAGCAAGACAGUGAGAGAGCCGAGGAUUGUUGUGCAGACAACAAGUGAUAUUGACAUUCUUGACGAUGGUUACAGAUGGAGAAAGUACGGCCAAAAGGUCGUUAAAGGCAACCCUAAUCCAAGAAGCUACUACAAAUGCACAACCACCGGUUGUCCAGUGAGAAAACAUGUUGAGAGAGCAUCACAUGAUAUGAGAGCCGUGAUCACAACCUAUGAAGGGAAACACAACCACGAUGUACCUGCAGCUCGUGGUAGCGGAUACACCACGAACAGACUGGCACAAGAUCCUUCUUCUUCAGCACCAAUUAGACCAAAUGCGAUUGCUGGUCACACUAGUUACACUACUUCUUCCCAAGCACCGUAUACGCUUCAAAUGCUUCACAACAGCAACAACAACAACACUAAUCCCGGGUCUUUUGGUUACGCUACGAACAAUAAUAACUUCCUUGGUGGUGGGUUCUCUAGAGCAAAAGAUGAACCAAACGAUGAGUCCUCUUCGUUCUUCGAUUCGUUUUUGUCUUGAAGAUUAUAUAUUUUCGUUUUUUAAUUCUGUACAUUUCUGCUAAAAAAAGGGUUUAGCUACUUACUAGUGAUCAUGCAGAUACUAAGACUAUAGUCUAUAUAGUCCAUAGAGAAAAUUAUUUCAUUUGUUUUUAGUGGCUCAUGCUAGAGCUUUCACACGCCUGUAAUGUAAUAAUCUUUAGUUCUUUUGUACCAUACCACAACUAGUUAAAUUGAAUAAAGCCAGUCAACUUUUCAUA